AUGGGGCAGGACUACUACGCCGUGCUGGAGCUGACCCGCAGCGCCAAGGAUGCCGACAUCAAGAAGGCUUAUCGGAAGCUGGCGCUGAAGUACCACCCUUACAAGAACAAGGAGCCGUGGGCCCCCGAGAAGUUCAAGCAGCUGGCCGAGGCGUAUGAUGUCUUGAGCGAUCCUAUGAAGAAGAGCAUCUACGAUAAAUUUGCGGAAGAAGGCCUCAAAGGAGGGAUUCCCCUGGAGUUUGGGAUCGAUACGCCCUGGACGGAAGGCUACGUGUUCCAUGGAAACCCAGAGAAAGUCUUCCGGGAGUUCUUUGGAGGGGACAACCCCUUUGCUGAAUUCUACACUGGAGAAGGGGGUGAAGUUAACAUGGCUUUUGGGGGGCUGAGAGGAAGGGGGGUGAGGAAGAAGGACCCCCCCAUAGAGCGAGACCUCUACCUUUCGCUGGAAGACCUCUUCUACGGAUGCACCAAGAAAAUCAAGAUCUCACGCAGGGUGAUGAACCCCGAUGGCCACGCGUCCACCAUCAAAGACAAGAUCCUCACGAUUGACGUGCAGCCCGGGUGGAAGCAAGGGACCAGGAUCACCUUCCAAGAGGAGGGCGACCAGGGCCCCAAUAUUAUCCCCGCAGACAUCAUCUUCAUCGUGAAGGAGAAGCUCCACCCCAGGUUCAAGAGAGAGGGCGACAACCUGAUCUAUGUGGCCACUCUCCCCCUGGGGAAGGCCCUGAUCGGGUGCACCGUGGACGUGCGGACGCUGGACGAGCGACUGCUCAACAUCCCCAUCAAUGACAUCGUCCACCCCAAGUACUUCAAAGUGGUGCCGGGGGAAGGGAUGCCCUUGUCCGCGGACCCCACCUGCAAGGGGGACCUGCUGAUGUACUUCGACAUCGUCUUUCCUGCCAGGCUCACGCCGGCCAAGAAGGAGCUCUUGCAGGAGGCCCUCCUGCAGUGAGGCGCGCGGCCUUCGCUCCC